AUGAAGCUCUAUCAUCACACUGAGAAGCAUGAGGACUUCUUCCUCCCCUACCAACACGGCCUCAGCCUCAAGCCUGUCGAAGCUCUUGUCAAGCACGAGAAAGACAUGGGCUUCUCAGACGUUGAGACUGUCUUUCCUGCGACUGAAGUCCAGAAGGACAUUCUCAAAGAGGAUGUUCAAUGGGCUGAAGCAGUGCUCUUCUCUGGGAAGACGUCUGCUUUGAGCUCUGAGAAGAUCUUUGAUGCAUGGAGAUCUUUGGCAUAUCAUCACAUAUGUCUUCGAUCUUGCAUCACCGAUGGACCAACGCCGAAAGUCGUGGUCCAGCGAUGUAUCGAGCCUGUUCAGUGGCGCCGUCCUGAAAAAGGGUUUGAAAAGCGUCACCGAGGCUCAGCGUUCCUGACGGUUGAAGCCAACAAUCGUUCUGACGAGAUCAAUCUCGUCCUUCACUUCCAUCGGGCUCUGAUCGAUACAACCUCUCUUCAUACGCUCAGACUCGACUGCCUUCUGCAAAUUCACGGCAUCCCUGGUAUCGAAAGCACUGGAUUUACCACCUACACACGAUACCUCGCACAGCAACGCAAGGAUAUCGGCUCAUCCAAAGCCUUCUGGUCCAAGACUCUGUCAGAUAUUGCUCCCCAGUCCAUCUUUGGUCUUGAAUCUGACGCUCUGGAUGGUCUUAACCAGGACAGACAUGGUGUCAGUGCCGUCAUCCAGGGCUCAGAGCUAGCCAAGCUCAAUAGUCUUGAAAAAUCUCGUGAAGGCUCAAAGUCAUGGCGUCAGACAUUCCUCGAAGCAAUCUGGGCCCAUGUCUUGAGCGCCCACUCCGACUCAGAAGAGGUUCUUUUCGGAACUGUCCGUCGAGAUGCAAACUUUGUGGGCUCAGAUACUUGCGUCGGAUGCCUUGACCAAACCUAUCCCGUCCGGAUGCGAGUUCCCACUGGCAAAGACGCAACCUUCUCUGACCUGUCUGGCUCCCUGGAUGCUUACCAUACGGAAGCCGGCCGUCACGCAUUUAUCGGAUACACUGGAAUCGAGGAGCAGGCCCCAGAUGGCAUGCUGAUCGAAACAGCCGUCAGUUACAGCCAGACAACCAACACCCCCUGCAUCGCGCCAAGCUUGAGGAAGUUCCCUGUCGUGUUGUGCAUCAACGACGCCAGCGUGUUACAGCUUGCGAUCAAAUGCACGACCAAGAUCCCACUGGAGAAGGUUGAAUUGGUCUUUAGACACUUUGUUUCGGCAAUCUUCAGUGCCGCCCAGGGCUUGAGUGCAGUGGACAGAUUCCCUCUAUCAGACAUCCAGCUCGUCUCGGAUGCUGAGAAGCGUCUCAUACUAUCACGAUCUGUCAGCACCCGCAGGGUACAGCCUACGACUAUCCCUGCUUUGUUUGAGAAGACUGCAGCUCGAUACCCUGAAAGAGUUGCCGUUGACUUCCAGGGAGACGCUACCCUCACCUUCUCCCAGCUCAACAGCCUUUCUAAUCAUCUCGCAAGGAGACUGAGGCUCCAGAAGGGUGCUGUGUAUCCUAUCUUGGCUGGCAGAUCUCUGGAUCUGGUCGUGACCAUCCUGGCGGUACUCAAGGCUGGGUCAGCUUAUACUAUCCUUGACCCAGAAUUCUCGGUCAGUCGCCUCGAGCAAGUCGUCAACGACUGCAAUGCAGCAGUGGUUCUCUCUACUCGCAAGUAUAUGAACAUGCUCCCAAACACUGUCGACAUUGAACAAGAUUAUACACGGCUAAGAACCGAUGCCACACACUCCCUCGACAACACUGAUGGCAUCGGGGUACAUGCCAAGCCUCAAGAUCGCUGUUACAUCAUCUACACAUCCGGCAGCACAGGGAAGCCCAAAGGUGCAGUACUCACUCAUGAAGCUGCCACCAGUGGUAUGCAGCACCACUCUCUGAACGGGUUGAACCGCUGGCUUCUCUUUUACAACCCAAGUUUCAGCGCUGCUCAGCGGACUAUCUUGAGCACUCUUGUCAACGGCGGAACUCUGGUGCUGGCACCCAAAGAGGCACUCACUCGGGAUCUCUCUGGGGUCAUUAAUUCGCUUUCGGUCGAUGCCCUUGGAAUUACUCCUUCUGCCCUUUCUCUUUUGUCGCCCAAGGACGUCCCCAAUCUCAAGAGUAUCACGCUCGUGGGUGAGCAAACCCCACAAGAGCUUGUGAACACGUGGUCUUCUGUCAAGGGCCUUACGCUACGAAACACCUAUGGGCUAAGCGAGUGUACACAGCUCAACUUUGGAAGACCAUUGACCACAGUUGAUGGACACGUUCCGAACCCUCGCAUACUGGACCCGCCAAUUGACACGACGAGCGUCUUCAUCCUUCGUCAUGGUAGCACUGAGCUCUCACCACCACUUGUGUUUGGUGAACUCUGUCUCGCCGGACCACAGCUCGCGCAAGGCUACAUCAACGAGCCAGGACUGACCGAAAAAGCCUUCAUCGCCAACCCAUUUGGUCCUGGAAAGCUUUACCGGACUGGUGAUAAGGCUCGAUGGCUUCCCAGUGGUCAGAUCGAGAUUGAAGGACGUGUCGAUAUGCAAGUCAAGAUCAAUGGGCAAAAGGUCGAACCUGCUGAAGUCGAUCGGCUUUUGACGUCAAUUGACGCGAUCAAGGGAGCUGUGACGUUCUCGGUCAAGAUUGAAGAUCGCACAGUCCUGGCCACUGGUAUCGUCCUUGAUGAUGGUACUUCUUUCAGAGAUGCAGUCAACGCAGCGAGGAACCAUCUCCGUGCCAACCUGCCAGUAUUCAUGACGCCCACUCUUUGGAUCCCCAUUGAGUCGGUACCCAGAAACGGAAAUGGGAAGCUCAACUAUCACUUGCUGCGAAGUAAGGCAAAAGAGCUCGGUUUCGCUGGCUUCGCCAAGCUCAUGGAGUUAGGCCACAAAGAGAAUGUGGAAGAAAUGCUCACCGACGUCGAAGAAAAGAUUGCAUCAGUGUGGGCAGAAUCUCUCAAGAUUGACAGUUCUGUCAUUCGCCGAUCUCAUUCCUUUACCGACCUUGGCGGAAGCUCCAUCGAGGCCAUACGGGUUGUGUCAGAGCUACGUGAACACGGUCUAGCUACUGAACUCGGUGAUCUGCUGGCCUAUAUCUCUCUCAGUGACGUUGCUUCCCGUGCUCAGACUCUUGGUGCGGAGGAUGAGCAGGACCCGACGCCGUUCUCACUUCUCCAGGACGAGAAGCUGCUCUCAGAGUUGCAGGCGAACCGUGAUAUUAGCGACGCUUAUCCUGUCACACCCUUCCAAGAGUCCAUGCUGGUAUCAGUCAACUCACCCUCAGAUCCAUACACCUAUUCCAGAACUUGGGAUGUAAGUCAACUGGAUCUUUCACGACUGAGAGACAGCUUUGAGCAGGUGUUCAGGUCUCGCGACAUCCUGCGCACCGUAUUCGUUCCACACAAACAGUCCUUUGUGCAGACCGUGAGGUCCAACGUGGAACUUCCAUGGUUUGAGUCGCAGCAGCCACUAGGGGAUUUCCAGCAAAGUGACGGUGUUCAUCAAUGGGACUUGGAAAAGCCUCUGUGGAAAGCAACUCUUACGUCAGAUCAGGCUCUAGUCGUAACAAUGCACCACUCGCUGUUCGACUUUUGGUCCCAUGGGUUCCUGUAUGAUGAUGUAGCGGCAGCCUACAUGGGUAACCCCGUCCCUCAACGCCCAAGCUUGAGCCGAUUUAUUCGAUACUUGCAACAAGAGCUUUCUGCCAACAGCGCCUCGUUCUGGUCCGGGUACCUCCAAGGCGCUGAAGUGCUCAGGCUGAACAGCAACCAGCUCUACAACACCAGCAAACUCGAGUUCGAUCUCGGAUACAGUCUUACUACACGUGCCAGAAGUGUUGGUUUGACUCUCGGUGCAGUCGUCUACAGCGCCUGGGCCAUCGUUCUGUCUCGGCAGAUGGGAACCAACGACAUCACAUUCGCAACCACUGUUUCAGGCAGAGAAGCUCCUGUCGUUGGUAUCAAUGAUCUCGAUGGACCUACCAUGAGCACUGUGCCACAGAGGAUCAAGCUCGAUCCUGAAUCUACCCUCCGAGAAGUCGCCCAGAAGACAGUUGCCUCGUUUUCUCAGCUACUCAAGCAUUCUCAAGUCGGUAUCGCCGCAGCCCUUAAAGCGGGUGCUAUUGGUGCACAAGACAUCGACACUCUCGUCAACAUCUUAAUUGAUGCUAACAAGACCGAGAGGCCACGAAAGUCCCAUGAGGUCUUCAAGAUGCGUGGCUCGCGGCCUCAAUGGGAGUCUGGACAUGGCAUGACGGUCCUGGAGAUCCAAGAGUCACAGGGACAGAGCGACUCUACCAUUCUCCGACUUUCGAGCAACAUAGACCCUCGACGCUUGGGAUUCAUCAAGGACUCAUUGGUCGAGGUGCUAGAGACUUUCUGCAAGAAACCUGAUUCUAUCCUUUCGUCUACCAACAUCAUGGGUGCUGCCGAAUAUGAUCUGGUGUACAACCAACUCUCCAAUCGGUCGACACUCCGCGUUCCAGAGCCAGAGUUUCUUUACAGAGCAUUCAAGAGAAUUGCACAAGAGACUCCAGAUGCUAUCGCAAUUGACUUCAAUAACAAGGAAACCAUCACUUACGGAGUCCUCGACAAACUCGCGAAUCGCUUUGCACAUACACUCAUCGACGCUGGCGUACAACCAGGGGAUCUUGUGCCCAUUAUGCUUGACAAGUCCGUUGAUAUGAUGGUCGUCAUUCUUGGUACAAUGAUAGCUGGUGCAGCGUAUGUUCCUCUGAGUCCCGACAAUCCUACGGACAGAAACUCCUACAUCGUGUCUGACACGUCGGCGAAACUCGUUGUUGUUCAUCCUGGGUAUGUCGAAUUUGGUGACCACGUCAAGGAAUCACUUGGGGUGAGUACGCUGGUGAUGAAAGGCUAUCAAGAUCUCAGCUCGACGAACUCCAGAGGCGAAGAUGCAGAUUCCACUCCUGCUGUCCAUCAUACUCCAGACAACCUCGCAUAUCUCAUUUACACCUCUGGAAGCACAGGACUCCCCAAGGGCGUCAAGGUUCCGCACAGAACCGCUGCCGCUGCCGUCACAAGCAUGAUACAAGUCGAAGGUCGCAACCAAGGCAGGUGGAGGACUUUGCAAUUCGCCAACUACGUCUUCGACGCAUCGGUUCAAGAUUUCUUCAACACACUUAGCAGUGGCGGCACAUUAUGUAUGGCCCCGACAGACGUCUUGCUCUCCGAUAUCACAGGCUGUAUCAACCGAAUGGAUGUCCGUCAGGCUAUCAUCACACCAACAGUUGCCAAGUUACUCAACCCAGCAGAUGUCCCACGAUUUGAGACACUGAUCGUUGGAGGUGAGCCGCUGACCUCGGACGUCAUCAAGACUUGGGCGCCACAUUGCAGCAUCUUGAACGUCUACGGACCAACUGAGACAUCCAUGGUGGUAACCACAAAGCGUAUCGAGUCGUUCUCAGACAGCCAUGUUGUUGGUAACAUUGGUGCUCCAUUUGAUACUGUCAUGGCAUUUAUCCUUGAUCCAAACGGCGAGACGCUGCAGCCUUACGGAGCCGUCGGAGAGUUGUGCAUAGCUGGUCCUCAGGUGACAGAUGGCUAUAUUAACCGUCCUGAGCUGACGACUGCUGCGUACGUCGAUAGCCCCCAGCUUGGAGUUCGGAUGUACAGAACUGGUGAUUUGGCACGAUGGUUACCUGAUGGCGAGAUCGAGUGUCUUGGUCGUAAGGACAACCAGGUCAAGAUUCAUGGUCACCGCAUUGAACUUGGAGAGGUUGAGAAUGCCAUUCGGAACUCGGGUCUUGUCAAGGACGCCAUUGCUGUUGCUGCCAAAGUUCAUGAUAAGGUCCACCUGGUUGCGUUCUGUACCUUCAACGACGAUGUUGCUGCUGGAACGGAUAGCACUGGCAUCAUCGACCCUUCCAAGUUGAGAGACACCUUUACGAAUCUGCACGAGAAAAUUGGAUCGUUGGCGACUUAUAUGAUCCCCAAGUUUGUCAUUCCCAUGGCCGAUUUCCCGAAGCUGCCUUCACGAAAGGUUGACCGCAAGGCAUUGAAGAAGAUGCUGGAUGACCUCGACCGGGAUUUGUUAUCGCAAUGCGUGCUUGAGUCUCCCAGCCAGGGUCACACCAUCGUGCCUGUAGAGACCCUAUCUGAGAUUGCUUUGGAGUCAGUCUGGGCGGACAUCUUUGGCUUACCGACCGAUCAAAUCGGACGUGAGGCAAACUUCUUGGCCUUAGGAGGUGAUUCUAUCUCGGCAAUCAGUCUCACCGGCCAUCUGCGCAAAAUCGGCUAUCAUCUCACAGUACUCGACAUUCUCCAAUCUCCCAAACUCAAGGACAUGGCUUCUGCGAUGCGAAGACUGGAGACAGAAGCAGGAGGCAGGAAGAUGGUCUUCAAUGUUCCCGAGAAUGUCAAGGAGGCCAUUGAAAGCACUGGGCUUGCGUGGAAUGAUCACGUUGAGUAUGCAUACCCUUGUCCACCCGGCCAAGCAGAGUUCUUGAAGCAAGGCGGUCGAGACUCCCAGAUGUGGGUGCUUCAGACCGUGCGACGCAUGACUGGUGUUAUCGAGCCAGAUGCCUGGAUCAAAGCCACCACCCAACUGACCCAAGCCAACGACAUCUUGCGCACAACCUGGCUAGAGGCUUCUCCCGGGAACUGGGUAGGAGUUGUUCUUCGCGAUGCGCAGCUCAACAUCACAGCUGUCGCCCUGGACUCUGAGGAUGAGAUAUCCAACUUUCUCGAGGACUUCUGGCGAACACGCUUUGAGUUCGGCCGCCCCUUCAUCAAGUACGCCAUCAUCACCCACGGAGAUUCUUCCUGGGACCUAGUCAUCAAGAUGGACCACGCUGUAUACGACGGAACGCUUCUACGUGUCUUUGAUCAACACUUCGAGAACAUUCUACAAGGCAAGCCUGUGCCUCCCCGCGUCGAGUUCCGUGAUUUUGCUCAGCAUGUCUUUGAGCAAGACAACUCAAGGGCACUUGAGUACUGGAAGGACAAGUUCUCCCAAGCAGGGCAGUCCUCUCAGAUUCUUCGUGGUAGGGAUCUCAGUGGGUUGAGUGAACCUCAGGUCACCGCCAGUUUCAAGAUGAAGGUGGAUACACGCGGCAUCGAUCAAGUGGCAAGGAACUAUGGCGUCACCCCGAGUAUCAUCUUCCAGGCUGCUUUCACGCUUUGGUUGGCUAGGGCGACCAAGAGCGAUCAUGUUCGAUACGAUUAUCUCCUCAGCGGACGAAACGUCGCACUCCCUGAUCCUCAGUCCAUCAACGGAACUCUAGCCAACUUCUUGCCGAUCUGGACCGGAACGAGCUCCACUGAAAAGGUCUCAGAUCUUCUUACGAGAUUACAAGAGGACUUUUGGGCUGUCACGGAGAAUGGUCUUGUCGGACUUGACGAUAUCUACCAGACACUGGAUGUUUCACGCGCGGCUCAUGGGAACAAGGUCUUGUUUCUGUCGCAGCCAUUCGAUCCGGUUCCCUUGGAUGAUGAAACAACCCGGAAUCGAUGGCUUGUUAUGGCCAAGUCAAAGGUGCGAAUGUAUCAGCCGUAUGCGCUUGUAGUGGAGGUAUCGAAGUCCUUUGGUGAUACUUCGAUAUUGAAAGUCAUGUACGAUGAGAGGGUCUUUGAUCAUGGGAUGGCUGAAGCAUUUGCUUCUGAGAUCACUGGGCUAGUAUCAGCUAUGAUGCAGGAUGAAAAGAAGAGUAUGACUGUUGAGGAAGUCUAGUUAGAUACUCAUAGAUUUAGAGAUUCUAGAAUAAUAUUUAAUGGG